ACCAAGAAGAAGAAGAAGGGAAACAGUUCAGAGAAGAUGGCGGCCUCCGUGAAGAAGGCAGCGCACGACAUCAACAGUCGUCAGCGGACUGAAGACGUCCUUCUGUCGGACAACAUUGACUUCGCUUCUCUGCUGCUUUCUGCCGCGGUGCUGGACGGACUGUCCGCCGCGGGAUUCAACAAACCGUCGCCGAUACAACUGAAGGCGAUCCCGCUGGGCCGCUGUGGCCUCGAUUUGAUCGUGCAGGCGAAGUCUGGUACGGGAAAGACGUGCGUGUUCAGCACCAUCGCCCUGGACUCCCUGGUCCUGGAGAAUCCUGCCACUCAGGUUCUCGUGUUGGCUCCCACGCGUGAGAUCGCGGUGCAGAUCCACUCAGUUGUCAUGGCGAUCGGCUGCUCCAUGGAGGGUCUGCAGUGUCACGUGUUUAUUGGAGGUCGACCUGUGAGUCAGGACAAACCUCACCUGAAGAGGUGUCACAUCGCCGUGGGUUCACCUGGUCGUAUUAAGCAGCUCAUAGAGUUGGGGAUGUUGUCGACCAGCAGCAUCAGACUGUUUGUUCUGGACGAGGCCGACAAGCUGCUGGAGGAGGGAAGUUUCCAGGAGCAGAUCAACUCCAUCUUCUCUUCUCUGCCUGUGAACAAACAGAUGCUGGCGCUCUCUGCCACUUACCCAGAAUCCCUUGCACAGUACCUAACGCGCUACAUGAGAGAGCCGACCUUUGUGAGACUGAACCCCGGUGACCUCGGCCUCAGAGGUGUGAAGCAGUACUACAGGCUGGUGCAGUGUAAUGCGUCGCCUCACAGAGUGUUUGAGGAGAAGGUUCAGCAUCUUCUGGAACUGUUCAGCAAAAUCCCCUUUAACCAAGCACUGGUGUUUUCUAACCUACACACACGAGCUCAGCAGCUGGCAGACAUCUUGUCCUCUAAAGGUUUACCUGCUGCUUGUAUUUCAGGUGGACUGAGUCAGGACCAGAGACUGGAGGCCAUGUCUAAACUGAAGCAGUAUCAGUGCAGAGUCCUCAUCUCCACUGACCUGACGUCCAGAGGCAUCGACGCAGACAAAGUGAACCUGGUGAUAAACUUGGACGUUCCUCAGGACUGGGAAACCUACAUGCACAGGAUUGGACGAGCGGGACGCUUCGGUACUCAGGGUUUGGCCGUGACCUACUGUUGCCAUGGCGAAGAGGAGAACAAGAUGAUGGCCAUAGCUCAGAAGUGUGGCCUUAAUCUGUCUGUGUUACCAUCGGUGAUGGAGGCGGGGCUGAUGGAUGAACCAUGUGACUGGGACGUCUGCACUCAAGCUUCCACUCCAGCCUCCUUUUCUAAGGUCAGGACAGAGAAGAAGAAGCAGACGAAGCUUCCUGCUGCUGCUGCUGCUGUUUCAGCCUCUGAAGUCACAGUGGAACAAAGACCGCGCACUCUGAGGAGAGGAGCACACGGGGAAGGAGACGCUAAAAACAAGUCUGUUAGUCCAACUCAGGCGGCGUUGACUCGACAACAGCUGCAGGACGCUUUACCAAAGAUCUCUGCUCUCAGCUCCUUCAAGAGUCGCACGUCAACACUCAUGACCUUUGAGGAAGCAGAGAGGGAUUUCCAGACCUUCAUCACCACAGGUUUGGGGAGGUCGGUGGAGAUCGUCAGGGAGUUCAGAGGUCGAGACGACGACGGCAACGAAGAACGGCACUCGGAGUACGUCACGCUUCACGACGACGGCUCACAAACUGUGACGCAACCUCCUCCAGUUUCUGCUCCCUCCAGCUCUGAGGAGGAGGAGAUAACGGCAGAUUUAAAUCACACUGGAGGAGAGAAUGGAGCAACGACGCAACUUCCCGAACCCAAAACGAGUCCCAAGUCUGGACCAGAGAUCCAUCAUCCAUCUUCAUCUCAGAGCCAGAGACGAGAACCUGAACCGAGCGUCAGAACAAAGACCAGAAACAACCAGGAGAGAAGAAACGAGCCGAGGAAGAGCAAAGAGGAGAGCGAGAGACGCCAGUUCUCAGAGAAGACGAGUAGAAAACCAAAGAGGGACAGAGAUGAUGAGGAGGAGGAGGAGGAAGAAGAAGAAGAAGACGAAGAAGAAGAAGAAGAGUGGAGCGCUGAAGGUUACUGGAGAGCCUGUUACCGAGCGUGGAGCGACUACUAUGCGUCCAUGUCUCCUUUCCAACAGCGAGGUCAUCACAGCUACUACAGCGGCGCUCACAGCUGGAUGGCAGCGUAUCGAAUGAACUCCGUGUACGUGGAAGAACUCAUGAAGCACUGACUGCACUCUAAUCUGCACAUAAUCCAGAAUAUUCCAUCAUGUUCCUGUUUACUUUCUGUGUAAAGACUUUAAUGUGAACUGGUUCUCUAUAAUCUGACAGAUAAGUUUUUGUGGAUCCACUGCUGCGUCCAUCGUUUCCUGCUUUUUAUUAAAAAGCAUUUGUUUUCAUUUGUUGUCUUUUGUGGCACAAACUCCUGUACGGCAGCAGCUGUUUCCUCUGAUUUAAAAUCCAGUGAUUUUCUCCAGACUUUGGUGCAGGAGAGUGAGUUUCACAUUAACUUCAGUUUCAUGAAAGUAUUUGUUUUCAUGUCUAAAAUCACUAAAGUUUCACUGUGUUCAUCUGUAAAUAACACAGAUUAUGUCAUUUCUAGAAACUGAAAAGAUCAUCGAUGUAAACUCUGAAAAUGUACCAAUAAUAAUGAAGCAGGACUUUACAGGUGUUUGUUUUUUUAUGCCUUUGUGAAUAAAUAAGCAUGAAUCAUG